ACCUCCUCUUGGCCUUAACACCUCCAUUUCCCAGCACGCCUAACCAGUAACCUCCUCUCUUCCAUCUUUGAUUCCACCUGUUCUUUCUUUCACGCUUUCACAUGAGUGACCAGGCUCAGCCAGGCUGCUCUUGAACAAAUUUUCUGUCUUUUCAACAACCACCACCAUCUCCAAUUUGUUUCUCCUUUUUCAUCCAAAGCUCUCUCUCUGUCUUCCACCCUGCCCCCCUCCCCUCGGCCCCUCCUUUGCUUUGCAGGACCGACAUUAACGCUUCUGUUCUCCACUUCUCUUGAAAAUCAGUUUUCCUGCCUCACCUUACCGUUUUCUUAUUGCAGUCAAAGCCCAAUAGAGAAAUACUCAAGCAAAGAAAACCAUUCUAAUCGACUCGAUCAGUGAAGCAGCAGCAGCUGAGAAUCCGCAAGAAGAUGAACGUGGUGGGGAGGCAAAUGCAGAGAUCUAGUUCAACCGGAGGUCACCACCAGCGUCAGUACUCCGACAACUUCAUUGAUACUGCCUUCAACAACAAAUGGCUUCGAUCAGUUGGUCUUCAUCAUCUUCACUCCUCCAACUCCUCCAUUCCUCCUCUUCAGGAUUUUGGGUUUUUUGGCGCUAAUGGGGGAGGCCAGGGUUCAAAAUGGGGAAAGAAUGGGCAGAGAGGUGUAAAUGGUGGAGGAGGAGAUGAGGACCCAUCCUCUCCCACGGCUUCUUCCAGGUCAUCUAGCAUGAGGAAGAAUGGAAAUGGAGUUGAAGUGUUGCCAGGUGAACUCAGCCCUGGAUUGCUUGAUUUGCAUUCAUUCGAUACAGAACUUAUACCUGAGUUUCCUUCCCAGAAUGAUGGAUCUUUACUCAAUCAACCCCUUUGUGGUAGAAGUUUUGAUGAUUCUGGGCCGUGCAUCUCAGCUAAAUAUAGUAAGAAUCCUCGAGGUUUAUCUGAUAAUGAUCUUCUCAAAAGCUUCUCCGCAGAUAAAGAGAAAGCUAAUAAUGUUGCUAAGAUCAAAGUUGUGGUGCGUAAGAGGCCGCUCAAUAAAAAAGAAAUUGCAAAGAAAGAAGAAGAUAUCAUAACAAUAGAUCCAAAUGCUAAUUCACUCACUGUCUAUGAGACAAAGCUCAAAGUUGACCUGACUGAGUAUGUUGAGAAGCAUGAAUUUCUUUUUGACGCUGUGAUGAAUGAGGAAGUCUCUAAUGAUGAGGUUUAUGCUGAAACUGUUGAGCCCAUAGUCCCAAUUAUAUUUCAAAGAACAAAAGCAACUUGCUUUGCGUACGGCCAAACAGGCAGUGGGAAGACUUACACUAUGCAGCCAUUGCCGCUGAAAGCUUCUCAGGAUAUACUGAAGUCAAUGCAAAACAAUUAUCGAAAUCAAGGAUUUCAACUUUUUGUCAGUUUCUUUGAGAUAUAUGGAGGCAAGGUUUUUGACCUGCUAAAUGAUAGAAACAAGCUAUGCAUGAGGGAGGACGGGAAGCAGCAGGUCUGUAUUGUAGGUUUGCAAGAAUACAAGGUAUCCACUGUGGAGACAGUCAGGGAGUUGAUUGAGAAAGGAAAUGCAACAAGGAGUACUGGAACCACUGGUGCAAAUGAGGAAUCCUCCCGUUCGCAUGCCAUACUUCAGCUCGCCAUCAAAAGAAAGGUUGAUGACAAUGAUUCAAAACCAGCUCGACUAGUUGGCAAGCUAUCUUUCAUUGAUCUUGCUGGAAGCGAACGUGGGGCUGAUACAACUGAUAAUGACAAACAAACUAGAAUGGAAGGUGCUGAAAUUAACAAGAGCUUACUUGCUCUAAAAGAAUGCAUUAGAGCUCUUGACAAUGACCAGGGUCACAUUCCAUUCAGGGGGAGUAAACUGACUGAAGUUCUGAGAGAUUCAUUUGUUGGUGACUCCCGUACAGUGAUGAUAUCCUGCGUUUCACCAAAUUCAGGGUCAUGUGAACAUACUUUGAACACUCUAAGAUAUGCUGACAGGGUUAAGAGUCUAUCUAAGGGGAACAGCUCAAAGAGGGAACCACUUUCCACAUUAAAUCUUCGUAGUUCAACUCCAGUGCCUUUGUCCUCAAUCAGUCAAGUUGUGUCAGGCUCUGAGGAUAAUGUAUUUGGUGGGCUGCAGAACCAAGAGCUCAGCAAACUUGGAUGGCCUAAACAACAAGAAAGGGAAUCCUCACUAUCUUCCAACAUUGAGCGUGUUCCUAGCAGUCAAGCACAGAGCAAUUUGGCUGCCACAGUGCAUAUAGAGAAUCACAAGCAAUUUGGUCCAAGUAUUGAUCGUGUUCCUAGUGGACGAGCCCAGUGGAGUAGUCUGGUUCACACAAAUGAAGAAAAUUUUGAUGGCUCUAAAGGGAUCUCUGACCAUGCAUCUUGGUCUAUAAAUCCAAAAUUGGAUAGCCAUCAGCUACGAAAUAUAGAUGAUAAGACUGGAAACGUAAAGUAUGGGGACCCAUCUGAACUUGAGCCAAGUAGCUUGAUCGCAGAAGAUGAUCUUACUGCUUUAUUAAAGGAAGAGGGAGAUCUUAUAAAUGCUCAUAGAAAACAAGUUGAGGAAACUAUGGAAAUUGUCAAGGAGGAGAUGAGUCUAUUAGUUGAAGUUCAUGAACCCGGUAAUCAGCUUGAUGACUAUAUUUCUAGACUGAAUGCCAUUCUAUCCCAGAAGGCUGCGGGAAUUCUGCAAUUGCAAAAUCGCUUGGUAGAAUUUCAAAAGCAUCUUAAAGACCAUGAGGUUUUCUUAUUUCCUUCUGGUCAUUGAGUCAACUGUUGAGAUUCGACAGAAACUACCACUUAUACAGAGUUAGGCUCAAAUUGGUGAUACUAUGACUUCUUGGUCCUGCCUGGUGUGCAAAUUUUAGGUUGGUUGCUUUGAGAUCUACUUCCGGGGGACAAUACUACUAGAUGUACCGACUUACCGAGUGGAUUAUGGAAGACUCAUCAAACGAUGCAGAAAUGCAGUAAUUAGAUGUUCAAUCGAAAUGCUAGCCAAUAGCUAUAUGGGACGGGUUAUGCAACUAUUGGCAGUGUAUCUUGAAGCCUCAGAAGUCUCAGCAUGUUGAAAGAUAUUGUAAGAAACUUUGGUUUGGGCUUGUGCUGGUGAAAGUUUUCACCCCAUUAGUUGGUUAUGUUGUAUGGGUGACGGUAUGAGAAAAUGCCUGUCAUCUGCUUUGUGUGCAUAUAAUGGGCACUGUUCCUUGGAGUUUGCCAAUGUUAUUACACCGACUCCUAAGAUAAAACUACAACUCAA